AUGGAAAAAGCGUUCAAAGAAUUAAUUACCCACGCCGGUAGCCAGGAAACUGGUGAAUCCGGUCUAAGGUCCCCAAUCGUAUGUGGGGGGGACUGCGACCGCUUCGUAGGCUCACCGAGCCUCCGUGAACCAAGGAGUAAUAGGGUAGACUUCUACCCGGCGUUCAACGCCCAACCCGGAUGCGACUCUCGCGCGUCAACACCAUCUGCGCUUCCUGAAGCGCGGGUGGUGUUGGAGCGCCUACCAACACCUGACAUGACCCCAGCACCCAGUGCUGAUGACGCUGCUCCUGGGCCCAGCUCCCAGGCUGUGCAGCAUCGGAUCAGUCCUUGCCCCGCUUCGUCUUCGGACGAAGCGAGCAGUCUAAGGACUGUGUGCUCAAUGGAGAGCGUGACCUCCCUUCCGGAGGGCAAGCUGUGGAGAAAGCGAAAGACAGCUUCGCUUUCAGACCCGUCCACUGGCGACGAGGGCCAAGUGUCGGGCACGGCACGCGGCUCGUCCGUCGUCAAGGCUCGGGCUAAGAGGGGUAGGGGACGUCCUCCCACUACCGGUGAGUACGUUGGCCUCGCCAAAGCCAAGGCCGAACACAAUCGCGCUGUACGCGAAGCGCUCAGGCUUCAGGCUGAGCAAGAGGUGGCCCAAGCGGCCAAAAGAACUUUCUUCUUCCGACGCUCUAAUCCGCCGUCGGAGACGGAGACUCCACGAUUGGACUCGGGCUCAGAAGCCGCCGCACCGACGGCUGCAGAGCUCCAUGAAAAGGCGAAAGAGGCAAUCGGGAUCAUCCAGAAUGUCGCUGUGAAAUCGGGGCAACUGAAGGGCACGUAUGUACGCGCCCUGAAGGAUGCCGCACAGCUGAUCCGAGAGACUCUGUCUGCCCUGCGCGCUACAUCCACUAGCGAUGAAACGCUCAAACUGCAGGAGCAGAACACUCGCCAACAGGCGAAACUAGAUUCGCAGCAAAAGGAGAUCGAUAUGCUCCGUGACGAGAUGCGCAAACUCAAGGACUCUCUGAACGCUUCCCAGAGAAUGCCUCCGCCCGCUCCUGAGCCGCUCGCAGAGAGCCCGUGCCCGGAACCGGCCCCGAGAGUUGUGCGCCCCAAACAGACGAUGAGGACAAACCCGCCGCCGCCUGAUGGCAGUCGAGCCGUGUCCGAAAAGGACGAGGACCUGGCCUCGCGGAUCAUUAGCCAAGUUGGCUUCAUGAUCAACGCGAGGCUAGCGGGUCUGGAGGACAGGCUCCUGCCUCCUAAGGUGAUGCGUCCCCCGCUAGCGGCGGACCGGAAGAAUGCGCUCUCCUACGCAGCUGCGGCCAGGACUCCUACUGCUCCAGAGGAGACCCAUGCUGCUUUCGUAGGCAGGAAGACGACCGUCACUGCAGUUGGCACUACACGCGCCAAUCCGCCAACGGCCUCACGGGGCCCAGUCGCGACUGCAAGUGGCACAACCUCCGUGACCCCCAAGAAGAAGAGGGGUUCCAGGGGGAGAAGAGGGAAGAGGGCAAGGAAUAAAGGCCAAGAUGAGGCCCAACCAUUGCCUUCUGGGCCCGCCGGCGACGACUGGAUAGUUGUUGGCCGAGGCGGGAAGAAGAAAGUGGCUUCUGCUCGACCGCCACAACGCCCCAAGGCGCCUAAGCUGCACCCACCGCGCACAGCUGCGGUGGUUGUGCAACUGCAGCCAGCGGCCGCGGAGAGUGGAACGAGCUACGCGGACAUCCUGAGGGAGGCCAAGUCCAAAGUGGACUUGCAGGGCCUCGGCAUCUCCAGCCUCAGGAUCCGCAAGGCGGCAACCGGUGCGCGAGUGCUUGAGGUUGCGGGCGCUUCCAGCGCCGAGAAGGCAGACUCCUUGGCUGCGAAGCUGAAGGAGUCUAUGAGCGGAGACGUCGUAAAAGUCUCCAGACCUACUAAAUGCGCUGAGAUGCGCAUCGUGGGGCUGGAUGACUCCGUCUCCGCUGAAGAGGUGGUAGAGGCAGUUGCCAAGGCUGGAGGCUGCACAGUCGAGAGCGUCAGGGCUGGGGUCAUACGCGAAGGAGCAGGCGGUAUGGGCUCAAUCUUGAUAAGCUGCCCCGUAACAGCUGCUAAAAAGGUGGCUCAAGGAGGUCGCCUCUUGGUGGGCUGGACUUCUGCUCAGGUGAGGGUGCUGGAGCCGCGUCCGCUGAGGUGCUUCCGGUGCCUCGAAGUCGGGCAUACGCACGCCCUGUGCAAGUCCGAGGUGGACCGGAGCACUCAGUGCUUUCGAUGCGGCCAAACCGGCCACCAGUCGUCGCAGUGUUCCGCUGCCCCGCAUUGCACAGUGUGCGAGGCGGCGCGUAGACCGGCGGAACACCGAUUGGGCAGCUCAACUUGUACUGCUCAAUCCAAGAGCAAAAGGAAGGCACGCAGGGGCCCUCAGGCCCAGCCGCGACCUUCCCGCCCGCAAGCUGCGGGACGUGCCGGGGAACCGAUGAGCACCAAUUAA